AACGCAAGAAUGAAGAAAGUAAGGGAGCGAAUCGUGCGAUUUUGCAUACACAAUUAAGCAAGAUGCCUGCCCUUUACAUCUCUACCAACGUCAACUUGGAUGGAGUUGAUAAGGAUCCAAUCUUCUCUCAGGCAACCAAAGCACUUGCUACAAUCAUCGGCAGGCCUGAACAUCUUGUUAUGGUAAUACUAAAGGGAUCAGUGGACAUAUCAUUCAACCAGAACAAAGAACCAGCCGCAUAUGGCGAGAUAGUAUCAAUGGGAGGCAUCAAUAAGGAAGUGAAGAGGAAGCUAAUAGCCACAAUUGGCACAAUUUUGCAGACCGAGUUGUCGAUCCCAAGGACCCGAUUUUUCCUCAAAGUCUAUGAUACAACAGCAGGGCAGAAGAUGCCCAAACUAUGAGGAUUGAUAGUGUCAUGUUGUUUAAACAUUAAUAAUGAGUUUUCUGCCAACUAUGUCUAUAUAUCAAGCUUCGAUCCCACACCAGGCAUGUAAUUUAUAUAAGCUUGAAUAUGAUGAGUUGAUUAAUAAUAUGCACCCAAUUUUAAAGUC